CACUCAGCGGAUACCGGCCUUCCCCCUCACCGCACUCAGGAUGGCCAAGCAACCGCAGCCUAUUAGUCCCAUGAAGAACUUCUUUGCCGGCGGGUUCGGAGGGAUCUGCCUGGUGUUUGCCGGGCACCCGCUGGACACUAUUAAGGUUCGGAUUCAAACCCAACCAAAGCCGGUGCCGGGGAUACCUCCCUUAUAUUCUGGAACCUUUGAUUGCUUUAAAAAGACUCUUGUAAAUGAGGGUCUCCGCGGCUUGUACAAAGGCAUGGCAGCUCCCAUUAUCGGUGUAACACCCAUGUUUGCUGUUUGCUUUUUCGGCUUUGGCCUUGGUAAAAAGCUCCAGCAAAAGCACCCUGAGGACAUUCUGACAUACCCACAACUCUUUGCUGCCGGGAUGCUGUCGGGAGUAUUUACUACUGCGAUCAUGGCUCCAGGUGAGCGAAUCAAGUGCCUCUUGCAGAUCCAGGCUGCCUCUGGAGAAGUCAAAUAUGCUGGCCCCAUGGAUUGUGCCAAGCAGCUGUACAGAGAGGCCGGAAUUCGGGGAAUAUACAAAGGGACGGUGCUCACACUUAUGAGAGAUGUUCCGGCCAGUGGAAUGUACUUCAUGACCUACGAAUGGCUGAAGAACAUCCUCACACCAGAGGGACACAGUGUAAGUGAGCUGAGUGUUCCGAAAAUUCUCUUUGCUGGCGGAAUGGCAGGAAUCUUUAACUGGGCUGUUGCAAUUCCUCCAGACGUGCUAAAAUCUCGCUUCCAGACAGCUCCAGCAGGGAAGUAUCCAAAUGGAUUCAGGGACGUUUUACGAGAGUUGAUCCGAGAGGAAGGCAUAGGAUCCCUAUACAAAGGCUUCACGGCAGUUAUGCUGCGGGCAUUCCCGGCUAAUGCGGCAUGUUUUCUUGGAUUUGAGGUAGCCAUGAAAUUCCUGAACUGGAUGGCACCGAACAUGUGAAACCCAGAAUUAGGUGUAGAAGUGAAGAUGUGGCUGUCGGUGACUGCGCUGCUAGGUACCUCUCAGAGAGCACCAUGACUACAUGGACUGAAAUACACAAUAAAUUGCCUUAUUAGUGAGCGGUGCUAAAUUAGUGCUGUUCUCUUAACACCGAAGUCUUACAUCUGAGACUGAGACACCCCAUAGCCCUACCCAGCUUUUGGUGUACAUGCUAGUGCCCCAGUCAUUUGGGGAAGAUAAGCCUCUUCAGUAUAUGAAUGUAUAUGGCUAAAAGUAUCAAAUACUCUGUAUAAUAAUUAUAUGUGUAACAGGGUUUUACUGUUCCUCACACCAGCGCUCUGUGUAGCCAAUGGGGCGCUUAAUCGGCUCACAGACCACUUGUUGGGACAGUCUGUGUCGCUCUAACGGAUACAUUUUAUACAUGCAUUUUAGCAGCAGUAAAACUUUAGCCUUCUAACAAAU